UCCUGUCGCCUGGCUUCAGCCAUUCGCAUUUCAAGCCUCAAGUUCCUCUUUGACUGAAAUUUAAGCUCAAACAAACGAUAGUUUAUGAGCCCGAGGGAAAAAAAUCAGAAAGCUUUGUUCUUAGACCUUUUCGCGGCAGCGGUUAGAUAAAUAUUCAGAAAGUGGUGUGGUCUGACUGGACUGACCGAAGCAAAAAGCAAAGGGCCAAGUUGUUUGAAGCACACCUGCGAGCUCAAAGAAGGCAAGCAAAGACACCGAUCGAAGAUGGGCGAAACUGGAGCCCUUCAUGGAAGCCAAAUCACAAUAUUUCGAGUCCUUUUCUCCGUUUUCGUCAUAUUGAACAUCUUAGGAAACUCACUGGUCAUCAUCACAAUUAUCUGCAGUAGACUUCUCAAAACACCUAUGCACUAUCUAUUACUUAACCUCUCCAUCGCUUACAUCAUCGUAGCCAUCUUUUAUAUCCCGAGAUACGUCAUCUAUGACCAAAGAGUUUACCCCGACAACAAAAUGGCCGCGGAUUUCAUGUGUAAGUUUUUGACCGAAGCAAGUCUGUCAUGGGUGGGUCUGCAAGCGUCAGUGUUUACUCUAGUAACCAUUGCGUUCGAGAGGUAUUUCGUUAUUGUUCAUCCCCGUAUCGCGCUGGGAAGAUUCACCAAAGCGACGCUCAUUCGAGUGAUAGUAGCGUGCUGGGUGUACUCCUUUCUUUUGACUAUGGCAGAGUUUAUUUACUACAGUUACGACAAAAAGAAAAACCGCUGCGUCUUCACCUGGUCAGAGCAAGUGAGAGAAGCCAACGCGUACCUUUGGUCCUUCACCUGCGGGAUAGUCCCGAUUCUCGCAAUGGGGCUUCUCUAUGGAAGGAUUCUUCGCGAUAUUCAUGUGCGCUGGAAGACAGAGACAGCAGUUUCCAGAAGAGCACUGCUGAGAUCCAGACGACGGAUGACGAAGACUGUCAUCAUACUGGCACUGGUUUACACCAUCUUCUGGCUGCCAAAUCUCGUAGUCUGGAUCCUUGGUCCGGGAUAUAAAGCGUACGGCAUCUUACUUGCCUGUACUCAUAUGUGUCUGCUCUUGAGCGGCUGUACCAUACCUUUUGUCUAUAUUCUCCAAGAUGAACAGUUUCAACUCGGUUUACAGGACUUGUGCUCAAGUCAUAGCAAUAACAGAGUCCAAGAUUCCACUCGUGUCGCUGAGGAUAAGCAGACCAAUGAGGAGGACACAAAUGACGAGAUGAUGAAGAAAGUGAGAUUCGCUGCCCCUUUUGUCCUGGUACCAAGACUGGAAAUGGAGCAGCUAAACCAGUCAUAGAGAAAGCGCUUAAAAGGAUUUUUUUAAACAAUCCUAGAGUACUGGUUUUCAAGACAGCCACAUGUUCUAGGACAACACCAAUUCUCCGUUUGUACGUCAUGGUGGGCCGGGCAUGUUGUUGCAUAUCACGGCGUGAGAGGGCCCUUGGAACGUGGUUAAUACUACCAACAAGUCAACGAAUGCGUCACGCAAAUUAAAAGAAAAAGGGGUCGAUAUUUUAGUAUAUAUAUAUGUGUGUAUAUAGAUUCUUUUGUUGAUUUGAUUUCUUAGUACGAAAUCUUGUUCAUGUUUUAUUGUGUUUUUCAAAAUUAUGUGAGUAAACAGCGCAGUCUCCC